AUGUCAUGGCCCAACGACAGUGCACAUCUACGACUGCGGAUCUCAGCUCAUCUUACCGGAAUAGGGAUACGCCGUUCUAGCGAGCGACCGUUUCUCGCGUUGUAUUCGAAUCGGCACCAGCAUUACUACUUCCAACCAGCCGGUGAUAGGACCAUCCUGCUAACGUUCGCUUUGCACGCAUCCCUCGCUGCUAAUCCCACGUCAACUCUGUGCAGUCUGCUGUCCAAGACUGAUAUUGCUGCAACCUUUCUGGGUAAGGUCUCAUGCAGAUCCAUCGCUGCAUGCCAGUUCCUCCCCGUAGCUGACGCCUUAACCCGUUUGACGGGACGUGUUUUAGUGAUCCGAGCACUGAGAUCACACUGCCCAGCGGGGCCAGCGUUGAGUUUUUCACCGACCCCACAACGAGGGUGGUAUCGCAGGAGGCUCCGUGGGUGCCGUGUGCUACCAAGACCCCCAUAUAUUAUCCGCAUGGAGACGUGUCCAAUACGUGGGGAUGCCAGCGCCAACGCCUCUGCCCUUAUCCUUCAGCUCACUAUAUUUCAUAACCUAAUCUUGACAAACCUUAGUGAGUUGGUCGUCCAGGACCACCAGGCGCAUUAG